AUGGACGACUUGAAAGAAACUUUACAACUUAAAAUUAUUGUUAUUGGCGAACCAAAUGUCGGAAAGACAAGUACAAUAAGAAAGUAUUGUCAUGGGGUGUUCGAUCAAUUAUAUCGCCCGACUAUUGGUGUUGACUUUGCCGUCAAAAUGACAACAGUAGAUGACAAAGAUGUAGAAUUGCGAUUAUGGGAUAUAGCUGGGCAAGAAAAGUAUAUAGCUAUGACACGUGUAUAUUAUAAUGGAGCGCAUGGAGCUAUAAUCAUGUAUGACUUAACAAAUCCAGAAACAUUCAACGCCACCGAUCGCUGGAAAGAUGAUCUUGAAAAUAAAGUCAAAUUCAACGAACAAUCAAUUCCCGCGUUACUUGUCGGGAACAAAGCAGACGCUUUAACUGAAGCCGAGUUAAAACGCGCCGAAGAAGACCUUCGUGCUAAAGUCGACGAACAAAAAUACGCGGAUGGCAUUUUGACAUCAGCAAAAAGUGGGCUGGCGGUCGAGGAGGCGAUGGCUAAGAUUACCCGCCUAAUUUUUAAAACAUUCUCCGAUCUUGUUAACCCAAAACCAAACGCAGAUGCCGUCGAUCUUUCGAAACAAAUUCAACCAAAAGACGAGGGAGCCUCUUGCUGCUAA